UUCAAUUUUGCAUCCCCGCCCUUGCUUUUACUCUCACUUUCAUUUUGUCUGCCAUGCAUUUUCUGAGUUUCUUUUAGGUUUCCGAAGUUGUUUUGAGUAUCAGUUUCUUUGUAAACCAUUUAUAUUUGGGUCUCCCCUUCUCCAUUGAUGCUUGUACCAACUAUCGUGCUACUGGGUCAGUGAGAGGAAUAGAUGCUCUGUCAUCACUAAGUUCUUUUGUUAAGGUUUCUGUUUUCUUUGCGCUUGUGUUUUCUGCGUUUGCCAAAUGGAGAUUAUAAUGCCUUAAACGAGUCCGCAAUAGUUGUGCUGGAUUUUGAGAGAAAGAUGGCUAAAGAACAACCUAACGACCUCCGCAGUCGAAUCGCGCAGAUUCAGAAGCUUUACGACGUUGACCGCGAUUUCAACCCUUUGGAAUUGGAUACCCCCAGUCACUGCGCUCUUCAUCUUGAGAAUACACUGCAGCACAUUGUAUCCGACUUCCCUUCUUUCGAAACUGAAGAUGCUUACAUAAACCAGUUGCAAGAGGAGCUUCGCACUGUCCACCUUCAAUCUGCCCAAAUGGCUGACCAGAUUGGCCUUCUUACCAAAAUUCACAACGAUGAUUCUGCAAUAUUGCUGGCCAAACUUGAAGAAUUGGACUUUUCUUUACAUUAUAUUCAGUCAAAGGAUCAGAAGAACAUAUCUGAGGCUACUGAAGGCAUUGAUUCCCCAAUUCUGAGAGAUGAUUGUUCAAAUUUAGCCGCUGAAAAUCUGGACAAAAAUUUAGAGCUAUUUCAACUUGAAAAUAAGAUUGAUGAAAUGAAGUUGAUUGUAAAGUCUCUGCAGAAUCUUCAGUUCACAGUCAAGUGGUUUGAAGUUGUAGAGCAGAUUGAGGAUGCGCUCACGGGUCUAAAAGUGCUUGCAUUUGAUGAGAAUUGCAUUAGGUUGUCAUUGCAGACUUACAUGCCAUCAUCUGAGGGCAUUUCUUAUCAGCUGAGUGUUCAAGAAGAUGCCGUUGAUGAGCUGAAUCAUGAGUUGUUAAUUGAGGUUUUUGAGGGGACUAUGAAGUUAAAGAAUGUCCAGGUUUCUCCAAAUGAUAUAUAUUUGAGCGACAUUGUUGAUUAUGCAAAGUCUGUCAGCAAUUUCUCGUUGCAGUGGUUUAUACAGAAAGUGCAAGAUAGAAUUUUACAAAGCACACUUAGGAGUCUUGUAAUAAAGGAUGCUAAUAAAUCAAGAUAUUCACUUGAAUACUUGGACAAAGAUGAGACUAUUGUGGCUCAUAUGGCAGGAGGAACUGAUGCGUACAUAAAGUUGUCGCAUGGCUGGCCCAUAUUUGGUUCUCCAUUGAAGCUUAUAUGCAUAAAGGGAUCAGAUGAUUUGAAGAGAGCUUCUCUGAGUUUUCAUUGCAAAGUUGAGAAGUUGGUCAAUUCUUUAGAUACUCAUGUUCGUCAAAAUAUAUCAAGCUUCGUAGAUGCUAUUGAAAAAAUACUCAUAGAACAGCUGCAGCUUGAUCUUCGGGUCAGUGAUACUUCAGGCUAAGGAUACUGUCAGUUCAUCAUCUAUCAUACUAAUUGUAUAUAUCUCCACAACUAUAACCUUUAUUUGGGGUUGAAAUGCUGCAUCACGUCAUGAAUCUUGUUUUCUAUUUCAUGAAACAGAUUGUUAAAAUGUCUUGUAAAGGUUAUUUUCUACAAGUUAAACUUGAAACUGUCAUGCCAAAUUGGCUUUUGUGACAUCUGAAUAGUCUGUAACAGAUAAUAUAUUUGCCAAUGUACUGGAAUUGAAAAUUUUGACA